UUCACGUCCUGACCCCCUGACGCACCCCGCCGCUAGCCAGCCUCCCACUGUUGAGUUUGCUAAGUGAGCGAGGAGUUGGUUUAAUCGCCCGUGUUAACGCACUGCCGAUUAAUCUGUAAAUGUUGAAGCAGCGCUAGCUUGUGAAGUUUGCAAGAUAUCUUUUAGGGUGGGUGGGUGAUCGUGGAGUUGAACGUGAGGUGUGCAGGGGGAACUCAGUUAUUUUAAUGACUUGCACUGUUCUGCAGCCACAGAACAGCGUAUUUCCUGACAUCUACCAGUUAAAAAACCUGAUGUCUCCACCGUGCAGUUCACAUGUUCCCGGAGCAAGAGUUUGAAGUGCUGAGGGUGGAGGCGGUUCGCAGUCUCUCUGCCUGCUCCGCCCUGCCCCAGCAGCUGGGAGGAUUUGUCCCUGCGAAUUGCGCAUUCCCCGCUCAGCGACUGAAGGAACUUGGCUGGAAACUUUCCUUGGACGAGAUGUGACCAAGUUCCCACCAGCUUUGGGCUGCCCUUCCCUCCUCCGUCGGUCUCUCUCUUUCUACGGGACUGAAUUGGGAAUGCGGACGACACGUUGCUUCGCUGAAAGUUUUUGACCACGACUUUGUGAAAGUUUUGGUGGCCCGGUACGGGGAACCGACUCGGCGUCCGGGGCGAGAUGAUACAAGGGAAAGUGAACCGACUCUUUAAGAAGGAUCUCCAUGCGGUGGAGCCGGUGCAGAGGUACAGAAGCGCAGCCUGCGACUCCGAGCUGGAUGUGGGGCAGAUCCCCUUGAGUGAAAUCACCGACAAGACUUUGGAUGCCAAACCAAAAGACAUUGAACCUAUUGACUAUGAGAAUGUCUUGCUGCAGAAGAAAGCACAGAUUAUUAGCGAUCCUUUACGGGAUAUGCUGAUUUUUCCCAGUGAGGAUUUCCAGAUCAAGACGUUGAAGCGACAUGGGCGAACGCUCUGCUCCACCGUGCCAGAGAAUGCAAGGAGAGAAGCUAAGAGCUUGCUCGUCACUGAAUGUAUCAAGACCUAUGACUCUGACUGGCACCUCAUACACUACAGAUAUGAGGACUACUCAGGAGACUUCAGGAAGCUGCCAAACAAAGCUCCAAAGCCGGAGAAGCUUCCCGUCCACGUGUUUGAAGUUGAUGAGGAUGUUGACAAAGACGAGGAUACAGCAUCCCUUGGAUCACAGAAGGGAGGGAUCACAAAACAAGGAUGGCUGCACAAGGGCAACAUGAACAGUGCAAUCAGUGUGACAAUGCGGUCAUUCAAGAGGCGAUUCUUCCACCUGACCCAGCUUGGUGAUGGCUCCUACAUUCUCAAUUUCUACAAAGACGAGAAAAUCUCCAAGGAGCCAAAGGGCUCGAUCUUCCUGGAUUCGUGCAUGGGCGUGGUGCAGAACAGCAGAAUACGGAGAUAUGCCUUUGAACUGAAGAUGCAAGACAAGAGCAGUUACCUGCUGGCGGCUGACAGCGACCUGGAAAUGGAGGAGUGGAUUGGGUCCCUGAAUAAAAUCCUCCAAAGUACUUUCGAGGCUGCUAUGCAAGAGAGGAGGAAUGGUGACUCGUUGGAGAUUUCUGAUGAUGAGUUACCUGGUCAGGGGAAGGCAGAGCACGGCACGAUCUUGGAAAGCCUGCAGUGUGACAUCGCAAAGAGCACAAGAGAAACAGAAAUCAGAAGAAAUGAAGGAAGAUUGAAGCUUUUCUGUCUGGAUGCAGAUUCUCAGAAACUUGACUUCUCCAGUAUUGAACCAGACGUGAAGCCUUUCGAGGAAAAAUUCGGAAUACGUAUUUUGGUGAAAUGCAAUGAUUUAUCCUUCAACCUGCAAAGCUGUGUGGCUGAAAAUGAGGAGGGGCCCACAACAAAUGUGGAGCCUUUCUUUGUCACAUUGGCGCUUUUUGAUAUCAAAGACAAUCGAAAGAUCUCGGCUGAUUUCCACGUGGAUCUGAAUCACCCAAGUGUCCGACAGAUGCUGUCAAACUCCUCGGCAGUGAUGAAUGGUGGGGAGGUAUUAACCCCAUCCCAGAAAUCCAUCAACGGCAUUCCCGAAAAUUUGAUGCAGUAUCCAAAACAGGGGAUUUUCUCUGUCACAUGCCCUCAUCAAGAUAUCUUCCUCGUUGCCCGAGUGGAGAAAGUUCUGCAGGGGGGCAUCACCCAGUGUGCAGAGCCGUACAUGAAGAGUUCGGAUUCAGUCAAGGUUGCACAGAAAGUGUUGAAAAAUGCCAAACAGGCAUGUACGAGACUUGGGCAGUAUCGCAUGCCAUUCGCUUGGGCUGCAAGACCCGUCUUCAAAGAUGCUCAAGGGACACUUGACAACGACAAGACUACACGAUUCUCUGCACUUUAUAGGCAAGAUAGCAAUAAGCUCUCCAACGAAGACCUACUUAAGUUGUUGUUGGAUUUUAGGAAACUAGAGAAGAUGUCUAAGCUUCCAGUUAUCUUGGGGAACCUGGACAUCACCAUUGACAAUGUGACUCCAGAUUUUCCGAGUUGUGUGAACUCUUCGUACAUCCCAGUGAAGCCUUUUGAAAAUAACUCCAAGGUUUUGGUUACACAUGAGGUGGAGGAAUUCUUUCCUUGUAUAAUGAAGCUGUCUCAACCAUUUACCAUCUACAACAAUCAUCUGUAUGUUUACCCGAAGCAUCUGAAGUACGACAGUCAGAAAUCAUUUGCAAAAGCAAGGAACAUUGCGGUUUGCAUGGAGUUCAGGGACUCUGAUGACGAAGAUUCACAACCUCUGAGGUGUAUUUACGGGAGACCUGGAGGUCCUGUCUUUGCAAAGUGUGCUUUCACUGUGGUAUUGCAUCAUCAUCAAUACCCGGAGUUCUAUGAUGAGAUUAAGGUGGAGCUCCCAACACAACUGCACGAGAAGCAUCACUUGUUAUUCACCUUCUACCACAUCAGCUGUGACAGCUCCAGCAAAGGCACCACCAAGAAGAAAGAAACCAUUGAAUCACAAGUUGGCUAUGCCUGGUUGCCCAUUCUGAAAGACGGCCGUGUGGUGACCAGCGAGAAUCAGGUCGCUGUCUCAGCCAAUCUACCUGUUGGUUACUUAAGCUACCAGGAGCUGGGAAUGGGAAAGCACACUGGUCCCGAAAUCAAAUGGGUGGAUGGAGCCAAGCAUAUUUUCAAAGUUGCCACACACCUUGUGUCAACGGUCUAUACUCAGGACCAACAUCUCAACAACUUCUUCCAGUAUUGCCAGAAGUGUGACUCAGGCGCUCAAGCUUCCGGAUCAGAACUGGUCAAGUUCCUGAAGAGUUUGCACGCGAUGGAAGGCCACGUGAUGAUUAACUUCCUACCUACAAUCCUGAACCAGUUGUUCCGAGUUCUUGCCCGGGCCACACACGAGGACAUUGCAGUGAACGUGACCAGGGUUCUUGUCCACAUCGUCUCCCAGUGUCACGAGGGUCUGGAGCACUACCUGAGGUCCUACAUUAAGUUUGUUUUCAAAACCGAACCCUGGAAUUCAUCAAAGUGCAAGACCGUGCAUGAAGAAUUAACCAAGUCCAUGACAGUUCUGCUGAAGACCACGGCUGACUUUCUCACCUGCAACAAGCUGCUUAAGUAUUCUUGGUUUUUCCUGGAGGCGCUAAUAAAGUCAAUGGCACAACAUCUCAUAGAAACCAGCAAACUGAAGUUAUUCCGGAACCAGCGAUUCCCUGCCUCUUACCAGCACACAGUAGAGACGCUGGUUAACCUGUUAAUGCCACACAUCACUCAGAAGUAUAAAGACAAGCUGGAAGAGGCUCGAAACGCAAACCACAGCCUCGCUGUCUUCAUCAAGAGGUGCUUCUCGUUGAUGGACAGAGGGUUUGUUUUCAAGCAGAUCAAUAAUUACAUGAAGUGGUUCAGCCCAGGGAACCCAAAGACACUCUUUGAACUGAAGUUUGAGUUUCUUCGGGUUAUUUGCAGUCACGAGCACUUCAUUCCCCUCAACUUGCCUAUGCCUUUUGGGAAAGGCCGGGUUCAGAGAUACCAAGACUUGCAGUUUGACUUCACCUUGACAGACGACUUCUGCAAAAACCACUUCCUGGUUGGACUGCUCCUGCGGGAGGUGGGCAGCGCCCUACAGGAAUACAGAGACGUGCGCCAGAUGGGCAUCAGCGUGCUGAAGAGCUUGAUGAUUAAGCACACCUUCGAUGACCGAUACAUGACUAAGGGCCAGCAGGCGAGGAUUGCCACAUUAUACUUGCCACUGUUUGGGCUUCUCCUGGACAACGUCCAACGUAUAAACGUCAAAGACUGCUCACCGUUCCCAAUCAACCAGCCCAGCAAUGGGAGGAAGGAAGACCCUCUGCACAUCUUACAGACAGGGACAGGCACCACCACACCUCAGAGGUCCGGAAACUCGCUGGACAGCAGCAUCCACAGGGAUGUUUUCGGAGUCAUUUCCGGUACAGCUUCUCCGCAUGGGCCCUCUACCCCGUCCAUCAACGCUGUGAGGCAUGCUGACUCCAGAGGCUCCCUGAUAAGCACGGACUCUGGCACCAGUCUUCUUGAACGAAGUGCGGAGAAAAGUAACUCCCUGGACAAGAGAGAGAGGCUUGUCAGGAGGCACUCUGCUUUGGCUAAACAGAAUAACCAGGAGGCCGAGGAGGGUUCAAAGUCCGCACGGAGGAACUGUGUUACCAUGGAUUUUUCUGUUUUGUCCGUCCCAGCCCUUCCGGAGAGGAUUCUGCAUGCUGCCCUGUCUCUCCCACUCCUUGAAAACCACGGUUGUGUCGGAAGCUGCAUCGUGCGCUGUGACAAGCUGGAGCAGGCGGAGAUCAGGAGCCUGCUCAUGUGCUUCCUGCACGUGUUGAAGAGCAUGUCUGAGGAUGCGCUGAUUACUUACUGGAACAAAGCUUCUAGCUCAGAGACGAUGGACUUCUUCACCAUCUUAGAAGUCUGUCUUCACCAGUUCCGUUACAUGGGGAAACGAUACAUUGCAAGGAACCAAGAGGGGUUAGGACCCAUGAGUAUUACACAUGAGAAAAGAGCUCAAACGUUGCCUGUUUCUCGCAAUAGAGCAGGAAUGAUGCAUGCCAGAUUGCAGCAGCUGAGCAGCCUGGAUAACUCUUACACUUUUAACCACAGCUACGGACAUUCUGACGCUGAUGUCAUUCAUCAGUCACUCCUGGAGGCCAACAUUGCGACUGAAGUGUGUCUGACUGUGCUGGAUAGAAUGUCCCUGUUCACGCACGUUUUUAAGGGCCAACUACUCGCUGACCAUGGACACAACCCUUUAAUGAAGAAGGUUUUUGACGUGCAUCUUUGCUUCCUGAGAAUAAACCAGUCAGAAGCGGCGCUGAAGUCCGUCUUUGCUGCUCUGCGGAACCUUGUCUACAAGUUUCCAUCCUUGUUCUUUGAAGGCAGGGCCGACAUGUGUGCCGCGAUGUGCUACGAGAUCCUGAAGAGCUGUAACUCGAAGUUAAGCACUAUCCGAACGGAUGCAUCCACACUCCUCUAUUUCCUCAUGAAGAACAACUUUGAGUACACGAGGCGCCGGUCCUUCGUGAGGACUCACCUGCAGGUGAUCAUCGCAGUCAGCCAGUUAAUAGCUGAUGUGAUUGGAAUUGGAGGGACGCGAUUCCAGCAGUCUCUGGCGAUUGUUAACAAUUGUGCCAAUAGUGACCGGGCUGUAAAGUCGACAGGAUUCCCUUCUGAUGUCAAAGACCUAACCAAGCGCAUCCGCACAGUGCUAAUGGCCACAGCUCAAAUGAAGGAGCACGAAAAUGACCCGGAAAUGCUGGUGGAUCUUCAGUACAGUCUGGCGAAGUCCUACGCCAGCACCCCUGAGCUGAGGAAGACCUGGCUGGACAGCAUGGCAAAAAUCCACGUCAAAAACGGGGAUCUCUCUGAGGCGGCCAUGUGCUAUGUCCAUGUAGCAGCUCUGGUGGCUGAAUACCUCAGAAGGAAAGGUAUAUUCAAGCAAGGCUGUUCGGCGUUUAAGGUGAUCACACCCAACAUCGAUGAGGAAGCAGCAAUGAUGGAAGACGUAGGAAUGCAAGAUGUCCACUAUAAUGAGGAUGUGCUGAUGGAGCUGUUGGAACAGUGUGCAGACGGACUCUGGAAAGCAGAGCGUUACGAACUUAUUUCCAAUGUUUACAAGCUGAUCAUCCCGGUUUAUGAGAAAAGGCAGGAGUUUGAGAAACUUGCCCAUCUCUACGAAACCCUCCAUCAAGCUUACAAGAAAAUCGCUGAGGUUAUGCAGACAGGGAAGCGACUUCUUGGCACCUACUUUCGAGUUGGCUUUUUUGGGCAGGGCUUCUUUGAAGAUGAGGAUGGAAAGGAGUACAUUUAUAAAGAGCCGAAGCUGACGCAGCUGUCGGAGAUCUCUCAGCGGCUCCUGAAGCUCUAUUCUGACAAGUUUGGCUCUGAGAAUGUAAGGAUAAUCUACGAUGAUGGAAAGGUCAAUCCAAAGGACCUGGACUCAAAGUAUGCCUACAUUCAGGUCACCUACGUGACACCGUUUCUCGACGAGAAGGAAUUGCAGGACAGGAAGACCGAUUUUGAGCGAAGCCACAACAUCCAGCGGUUUGUGUUUGAGAUGCCCUUCACGGUCUCGGGAAAAAAGCAGGGAGGAGUGGACCAACAGUGCAAGCGAAGAACUAUCCUGACCACUAUGCACCAUUUCCCCUACGUGAAGAAGCGAAUCCCAGUGAUGUACCAGCAACACAUCGACCUGAAUCCUAUUGAGGUUGCGAUCGACGAGAUGAGCAAUAAGGUGUCGGAGCUGCAGAUACUGUGCUCCUCUCCUGACGUUGACAUGAUCAAACUCCAGCUCAAGCUCCAAGGCAGUGUCAUCGUGCAGGUCAACGCUGGCCCAUUAGCUUAUGCCCGAGCCUUCCUGGAGGAAGCCAACGUGAAGAAGUACCCGGACAACAAAGUGAAGCAGCUGAAGGAAGUGUUCAGGCAGUUUGUCGAAGCUUGUGGACAUGCCCUGGUCGUGAACGAACGUUUGAUCAAGGAAGACCAGCAGGAGUAUCAGGAGGAAAUGAAAAGCAACUACAGGGAGAUGGUUCGCGAGCUCUCCAACAUCAUGCACGAACAGAUUUCUCCAGAGGACGAGGGGAUGAAGAUAAGCCUCCUGCCCAACUCAUAUCACAUCUUCAAUGCAAUCAGCGGGACGGCAGGUGGGACUGUGGUCCACGGCAUCUCGAACUCGUCCUCCAUGGUCUGAGCGUUGGCGAGCGGAUUGUCACCGUCAGGAGUCUUUACCUUGCAUGUUCUCACUCAGGAUACUUCCCACACAAGAUGGCAGAUGGGUCCAGCCUUAACUCUAGAGAAGUGAGGCCAUCUGGGUUGUGAACCCAAAGGAAACAAUGUUUGCACAUUUGAGCUUCGGAGGACACGUUAGGAUUAAGUGUCGUCCAAGGAGCGAAUUACUGUACAGUUUUUAGUAUUCCGUGGAGGAACUGGGUCCAUUGCUUUGCUACUCAAACCUGUCUUAAAAGUAUAGACUUUGUAUGUUUAAUAUAUUCGACAAAGAAGCGCAGGGAUAUAAUGUUAGCAUCAAUAUUUUUGCUGUCUGUUUACACAUAUCUAUUACCUGUAUAUAGUUAUUAAAGACAAGGAAGCAGAAGGAGGUUGUAUUCCAGGUAAGUGUUGCAGUCUCGUGCGACAAAAUUGGAGAUUAUAGUUCCAUUGUUGAAAGAAAAAAAAUGGGUUCAGCAUCGUAGACUCUGUACUGGCUACAUGAGUUUAUACCAAGCAGGACUGAAAAUGUGCUCUUGCAUUACUUCUGGUGAAAUUCGGUGCACUUGGCAUGUGUUUUCAUGCAGAAACACUUAAUGCAUGUGGCUUUCCCCUUUCCCACAGCUGUUGCCCUGAUAAAUGAGAGUGGUGUUCCACCACAGUGCACUAAUGAGCCUAAAUGUAGAACUAUUCCAGUGUACAGUCUGUUAUCUGCCCGGUCACCAAGUGCGUGUGGCUUUCCGUACACAGUUGCAUUUCUAGUAAAAUAUUUUCAUGAGCAGUAAUGUUGAACGAUGUAGAGAUUUCACCGGAAUCUAGAAUUAUUGCCUUGCCUAUAACAGAAGUGUCACUGAGGGAAAGUUGGACCAGGGUAUUUUAACUACUCCUGUGACAUACACAGUAUAUUUUACAAAUGUCCUUUGUUUUUACUCUUGUACAUUGAGUGCAAUAUUCAUCAGUAAGCUUUAUCCCAGAUGUACACAGUCUUUGUUACAUUUUUGAUAAAAAAAAUCUCACAUAGCACAUGCUCUUCUUUUGCCAAAGUGACAGAAAAUUAUCAGCAAACAUUUUUACUAUUUUUUUGUCUAACUUAAAUCAUUUUACCAUCAGAGUUGUUUUUGAAAACAUUAAUGAAAUUUUAUAUUUGGGGAAAGUUGAGGAUUUUAAUUUUAUUUAAACUGGAACUAUUGUCCUGCUGUAUGUAAAUUUAAAUGUUGUAACAAAGUCAGCUCAUUCAUUAGCCAGCUGUUUUGUUUUGUACAUGUGGCUUGUUCAAUAAAUAUUUGACUUCAGACUUUU